CGACUUCGGUAUUUUCUCCGUAGGUUAGAAUCAUUAAUUUACGAUCAAUUUAGUGUGAUUAAGUGUUUUAAGUGAGUGUUUCCCUAUAAAUUUACAAAACAUAUCAACUAACAGUUGUAAAUGUGUGAAAUCAAUAGAUACAAUAUGGAAAACAAAGUUAUUAAAAAUAAGUCCGGAAAACAUAUUGUAUGUGAACAAAGAAUAAUGCUUCUGAACAUUUUUAACAACCAUUUGGAAGCUGGCAAAUCGAAAACCGCCAGUGUACAUCUCUGUUCAAAAGAGACUGGUAUUUCCAAAUCUACAAUUUGGGCAAUUAUUAAACAGAAGGAGGUGAUAGGACAGGUUACAUCACCCAGCAAGAAAAGAAAUAGAAGUUCGUUUUAUGAGAAAUUAAAUGAUGAACAAAAGGAAAGGCUAAGUAACAUUGUUUAUAAUUUCUACAGAAUUAAUGAGGAGCCAAAUUUAGACAAAGUUUUUCAAGUGGUUGUUGGAGAUGACACUUUCCCAAGAAUCAGUCGUACAAGUUUGUGGAAAGUUUUAAAACUACUUGGGUUCAAAUAUGAAAAAAAAGGGACAAAACAUAUAUUACGAGGACCUGAUAUGGAUUAAUGCAGAUGUCUUACAAAUUGGGGAUUGAAAGGAGUGCAGUGUUGACCACAAGGCACGCACUUUGUUACAAAUUGUCCAUUUGUACAAAAAAUAAUGAUAUUAUCCCUCCUAGAAGACAGAUGGAAGUGGAUCAGCUGAUGAUUAUUACAUAGACAAGAAUUCGGAUGUUAGUUCAGAAAUUUACCAUUUAAUUCAUUUUUUGUGUUCUUUUCAGCUACACUAAAA